AUGUUAGAUUUUAGCGAUUUUAAUGUAAUUAUAAAGAUUGAAACAUGUGCUCUUCCUUUGAACUAUACAAAACUUAGCAAAAAUAUCAUUUGGACAUCCAACGAGCUAUUAAUAUUUUAUUAUGAUCGACGGUCACCCGUGCUGACUCAAAAUCCUAGAUUCAUCACUGACCAUCAUUGUCUUUCUUCUAUCCUCGUCCCCUCCUCCACCUACACUCCCCACUUCCUCUCCUUUCUCUCUACCCUCCUCCACCACCAACCCCACCUCUAUCGCCUCUCCAUAGUUUCCAAGGCCAAGACCAAAGAACUCAUUUUGGGCAUCCCAAGUGUGACAUUGGAAAUGGGCAAGUACACCUACGAUGUUGAGACAUUAAUCAACAAGCUUUCUAGCCUCCCGCCCCUCGGCAGCAUUGCCGGAUGUCUUGACACCUUCAAGAACAAGCUGUCUCUGACCAAUUUUUCGCAUGUUUUCAGGGAAUUCGCCCACUGGAGCGACUGGCAGCGCUCCUUUCGACUUUUUAAGCAUAUGCAGUGCCAGGUCUAAUGCAAGCCGAAUGAGCAUAUAUACUCUCUUAUCAUUGGCAUCCUUGGCCGCGAAGGCCUCUUGUAUAAAUCCGCCGAAAUCUGUUCUAUCCCUCGGACUAUACUUCCAUACACUGCGAUUAUUAAUGCCUAUGGCCGCAACGGCCAGUACGAGACUGCACUAGAGUUACUUGAUAAGAUAAAAAAUGAAAGGAUUAUUCUGAACAUUUUAACUUAUAACACUGUUAUUAAUUCGUGCUCAAGAGGUGGUUAUUCGUGGGAAGAUUUGUUGAGUUUGUUUGCAGAAAUGCGGCUUGAAGGAAUUCAGCCAGACUUGGUUACAUAUAAUACACUGUUGAGCGUAUGCGCAAGUAGAGGUUUGGGGGGUGAGGCUGAGAUGGUGUUUAAGAUAAUGAAUAAGAGUGGAGUUUUACCUGAUAUUACUACGUAUAGUUAUUUGGUGGAGACCUUUGGGAAGUUGAGGCAAUUGGAGAAGGUUUCAGAGUUACUCAAGGAGAUGGAAGCAAGAGGGAAUUUGCCAGAGAUUAUGUGUUACAAUGUGUUGUUGGAGGCAUAUGCACAUUCAGGAAAGAUAAAGGAGGCGAUGGGGGUGUUUAGGCAAAUGCAGGCAGCAGGAUGUUUGCCGAAUGCAGGGACAUAUAGUAUUUUGUUGAAUUUGUUCAGGUGGAAUGGGAUAUAUGACAAUAUGAGGGAGCUUUUUCUUGAGAUGAAGGUUAGUAACAUGGAGCCGGCCACUAAUACCUAUAAUAUACUCAUAGAGGUGUUCUGUGAAGGAGGCUAUUUCAAGGAGGUGGUGACUUUGUUCCAUGACAUGGUAGAAGAGAAUGUUGGGCCAAAUAUGAAGACUUGUGAGGGAUUGAUUUUUGCAUGUGGAAAGGGAGGGCUUCACGAGGAUGUGAAAAGAAUUCUGCUUCAUAUGAAGAGAGGAUUGGUUCCGAGUUCCAAGGCAUAUACUGGGAUGAUUGAGUCCUAUGGUCAAGCAGCACUAUAUGAAGAGGCUGUUCUUUCUUUUACUACAAUGAAUGAGGUUGGCAGCAGGCCAACAAUUGAGACUUUUAAUUCUAUGAUUCAUAUGUUUGCUAAAGGGGGUCCUUACAAAGAAACUGAAGCAAUCUUGUAUAGGAUGGGUGUUGGGUUUCCACCCAAUAGCGAUUCAUUUAAUGGUUUGAUCGAAGGAUAUAGGCAGGGAGGACAAUUUAAACAGGCCAUCAAAGCUUAUGUUGACAUGGAAAAGUCGAGAUGUUCUCCCGAUGAUUAUACCCUUGAGGCAGUCUUGAGCGUAUACUGCUUUGCAAGUCUUUUUGAGGAGCAGUUUCGGGAAAUUAAGGAGCUGGGUAUACAGCCCAGUGUCAUGUGCUACUGUAUGAUGCUCGCUGUAUAUGCAAAGACUGACAGACGGGACAAGGCCAAUGAAUUAUUAAAUGAGAUGCUUACAAACAGGGUAUCCAAUAUUCACCAGGUUAUUGGACAGAUGAUCACGGGAGAUUUCGAUGAUGCCAGUAACUAGCAGAUGGUAGAGUAUGUCUUCAACAAACUCAAUUCCAAGGGCUGCAGCUUGGGGAUGAGGUUCUACAGUACACUUCUAGAAGCACUUUGGUGGCUGGGUCAGAGGAAAAGGGCUGCAAGAGUGCUGAAUGAAGCAACAAAGGGUCUAUUUCCUGAACUAUAUCGUAUGUCUGUGGAUGUUCACAGGAUGUGGCCCGGUGGUGCAUGCACAGCAAUAUUAGACUGGCUGAAUAAUACGCAAGAGAUGUUAAUAAACAGGGAGGAUCUUCCUCAGCUGGUGACUGUCGUCGUGGUACGGUUACAGAUGGAGAAGAGCUCAAUAACACGAGAUUUUCCUGUUGCAAAGGCUGCCUAUUCUUUGCUGAAGGAUAGUGUAUCAUCAACCUUUUGUUUCCCUGGUUGGAACAAGGGCCGAAUUAUCCGUCAAAAUUCUCAGCUUAAACGCAUUCUCUCUAGUACUGAUCCAUCAUCAGAAGUAUCAGAUAUGAAUAAGAUAGUCGCUCUAAGUAACUCCUCUUUUCCUCGUCUGGAAACAAAAACAUCCAUGGGUGAAUUUAAGCAACGUAGCAGCUCUGAGACUGAAGUAAGGAUUCGGACAAAUACAGAAUUAAUGCCAAGUGCAGCGUGAAGGGAUAUAUAGAAUUUGCGGUCCCACUUUUAGGUCCGUCAACUUUCCUUGGGCUUUUGCAAACUACUUUUGAAAGAGUAACUGAAGAAACUGAGGGAUUUUCUGAGAACGCUAUAUUCAGGUGAUCCCUAAGAAUGAGCUGACGGUGUAUAUCGACCAGGUGAAGAAGUCCACUUCUUUCUGACCAAACGCAGCACUGAUCUAAGGUUGGUGAAGCUUUAUAGGGCUGAUUGCUUACUAAAUCAAGUAUUGUUCUAUGGCUUAGUGGCAGGAAAUCUAAAUGACAUUAUAACAUUUGGCCUUUCGUUACCCCCACACAAGUGUUCAUGUGUAUAUAUAUUCUUAUGUUAACUCUUUUGGAUAUUUUAGAGACUAA